GCAGUAAUACGCAGAGCAGCGUCUACACUGCCGGAAUGAUACAAUAGGAAGAAGAAGCCAGUGAAACCGGAAAUGUCAACCGAUUGACUGCGAAGCAAAUUACAGAUUGCAUUAACUCUACUUUCUAUAAUAUGAUGGAUUGCUAAUUUAAAGGAAGAAGCAGUCAUACUAAAUCGUCAGAGAGCAAACUGCGAAUAUGACAAAUGUGUACUCUUUUGAUGGCAUUCUGGUGUUCGGCCUGCUGUUCAUCUGCACUUGUGCAUACCUCAAAAAGGUGCCUCGCCUCAACAGCUGGCUACUAUCAGAAAAGAAAGGAGUUUGGGGCGUCUUCUAUAAAGCUGCGGUAAUUGGGACGCGGCUUCACAUUGCCGUGGCAAUUUCCUGUUUGGCCAUGGCUUUCUACAUUGUCUUCUUGAAAUGAUAAAGUCAGACGGAACUAGAAAGGACCAGACAGGUGCAGGUGGGAAAUGAACUCAUCUCUGUGGCCAUGUGCUAAUCCAAGUUGGGGGAAACCUCUUGGAUUAGGUGAUGAUGAAACCCCAUUGGCCCUGUGGACCCUUGUGAAAGACUAGCCAGUGCUGCCCCCCUCUGGUGACUGGGUACAUAAUUCCUCCCUUGAUAUGUGUGCACAUUGCACUACAGACAUGACGGGCAUCCGUGAUCAACUCCACUUAUUGCAGAGGAGUGAGACAGUUUGGUCACUUUUUAUCAUUUUAUUGUAGGGUAACACUGUUGGUUGUCUCCAUCCACACCCAUUCUAUUUAUAUAAAAAAGAUGCAGAAGUUUGAAGGGCAGUGUGUGCAUUGUACCAUAUACAACCUAAAAUUAACCUAGCUGUAUAUAUUUGGAAAAAGGAUAUGACCAAUAGAGAUUUGCAAGAGGUUAUGUGUGAUCAAACGGAGAAUGAUCUAUUCUGCUUGCUCCCUGCUCCCAUGCUGUUUGUUCUGUAUCACCUCUUGUGUCAAGGGUGAGGGGAAGAUAAACAAAGCUAAUAUAUA